GGCGCAGCACCUGGUAGAUCUAACAUAGCUUGUUUUAUCACUUCGUCACCACAUGCAGUCCAGACUUGAAGCGAUUCAAAAUUACCGGAUCAGGAACAUCCACUUCCAUACCCCUUCAACGGAAAGUACCUUACCCGUAAUAGCUCUUUGCUUUGACUACACGGCAUCCUGCAUACCUUGCCGGACGUUAUAUAUUACCUUCCCGUAUUCGAUAUUUUGAUCUACGAUGCGACGGAAUUGAAGAGACGCUUUGACGGUUCGGCUCAGUUCUAUGCACCUCGAAUACCGAAAUUUUUGUGGCUAACAAGUAUUCACCUUAUAUUAAGAUCGGGAAGAUCCCCGCGCUUCCUAGGCAUCUAGGCAUCGUUUCUUGAUACAGUGAGCAAAAAAUGGCAACUCCUCCCAGUUCUGACGAGGGGGAGAUUGUAGAGAAUGGCGUUGGAGAUUUGAAGGCAACUUCACUGCCUCAGUUUGAAGGAACCGGUGUUGACCGUAUCGACAGAACUCGAGCUAGAUAUUCAAAAUCAAUAUCACCCGAUAAUGUGAACGGCUCGAGAUAUGCCCCCGGCUCUUCUCGACGAAGUCGCUCUCCUCGCGGACGUAAGCGUCCCCGCGAUGAUCGUGAUUCGCAUCGUGGUAGCCGCCUAGAUUCGGAUCCGCGACGAUUUCGCGUACACUACGAGGAAAAUACCGACGGUUACCGCCGGUCGCGCUUGUCGUACGAUGACGAGGACCGCCCCCCUUCACGUUCAUCGGCGCCCAACCUCUACUAUGACGAUAGGGAUCGAGACUAUGCUACUCGUACUAAAGGGAGAGAUCGAAGCCGAGACCGUGAACGCCACCCUAGGAAGCGAAAUAGAAACCGCUCUCGUUCUCCGUAUAGACCACCGAACGAUAGAAAUCGAGAAGGCAAGUUGCGGUAUGAUGACAGCAGGCAUCAACGCGCACCAGAUCAAGACAGCGUAGGAAGUGUCAGGUCGAGCCAUCAAGGCACCCCUCGGCAUUCACAAGAUCAUGCAAAGUAUUAUGAGCGACAGGAUUCGAUAGAAACACAAGGUACUAGCAAAAAUGACACUAAACGUGCACCAGGUAGUUCGGAAAAAACUACUCUUACAGCUCCUCCAACUCAGCCCAACGAACCGGAUAAGGACUACGAAGAGAAGCCUGAAGAUAUAGAGGCGGAAUUAGAACGCCGACGCCGACGUCGUGAAGAGCUUCUCGCCAAAUCACGCGGUGCUACACCAAUGCUGGUCCAAGCUCUCCAAGCUUCCGAAAAGACGAGUGCAUCCUCACCAGGGCGGACACGAGCAAGCACACCUAUGGCCAUUGAUGGAAACACGCCCGGUUCUUUUACCUCAUCGCCGAACUCGCCAGCUCGUGUUCUUCAAGAAGGAAUGUCACCUGCUGCAAUCGAGAUUUCUAAUGAUCAAGAGCUCAUCAACAUCCAUGGUAAAUUCAAAGGUACUGAUGACGAUGGGCCUUCCGCUGCAGAUUAUGAUCCAACUGUAGAUAUGAGAGAGGAUGAAUUACGAGAUGAGCUUCGGCAUGGUCACAUUGGUCCCCACGGAGAGACGCUUCCCCCCGAAGAAAAGGCCGAAAUUGCCAUAAUAGAAGAGCCGCAAGUAGCAGAGAAGCCGAAGACCGACGAAGACGAAGACUUCGAUAUGUUCGCCGAAGAGUUCGAUGAAGAGAAGUUUGCUGCCCCCAAACCCGCUCAUCUAGACACCGCCGUAGACAACCACAAAGCCCCACUUGCUGUUAUUCAGCCCAAUGCCGGUGGCAUUCUCGAGGGAGACGAUAAAGAUGGAUACUACAAAAUCCGAAUCGGUGAGAUCAUGGACGGUCGAUACCAAGUCCAAACAACUCUAGGUAAAGGCAUGUUUUCCGGUGUCGCUCGAGCAGUCGACAUUACAAGUAAGAAGCCGGUUGCCAUUAAGAUGAUGCGGAACAACGAUGCUCUCAGAAAGGGUGGCUUUACCGAGAUUGCGAUUUUGCAAAAAUUAAACGACGCUGACCCUGAAAAUCGUAAGCACAUCGUCAAAUUCGAACGGUAUUUUGAACAUAAGGGUCACCUUUGUCUUGCAUUUGAGAACCUCAGCCUAAACUUAAGAGAGGUCUUAAGGAAGUUUGGUAAUAAUAUCGGCAUUAAUCUGGGCGCGACGCGCGCCUAUGCACAUCAGAUAUUCGUUGCUUUGGCUCAUCUUCGCAAAUGCAGUAUCAUCCAUGCUGACUUGAAGCCGGACAAUAUCUUGGUAAACGAAACUCGCAAUGUCCUCAAGAUCUGUGACUUGGGCACAGCUAUUGAUAGAUCAGACGCCGCAACCGCGAACAACGAAAUCACACCAUACCUAGUCAGUCGGUUUUAUCGAGCUCCGGAGAUCAUUCUCGGGAUGCCGUAUGAUUAUGCCGUCGACAUGUGGUCCAUAGGGUGCACCUUGUAUGAGCUUUACACCGGCAAAAUCCUAUUUACAGGUGACAGCAACAACCAGAUGCUCAAGGCCAUCAUGGAAAUCCGCGGCAAGUUUAGCACCAAGUUGUAUAAGCGUGGCCAAUUAUCUCAUAUGCAUUUUGACGACUUCGGGAAUUUCAUUAGCCUCGAGACAGAUAAAGCGCUUGGAAAGACCACCAUACGGACCCUGGCCGUUGUCAAGCCGACCCGUGAUUUGCGUACUCGCCUCCUGGCUGCCUCUGGUGGCAUGAAUGAUGUAGAGUCUAGGGAUCUCAACUACUUCAUAGACCUACUAGAAAAAUGUCUAACGCUCAACCCGGACAAAAGGAUUACUCCGUCCGAUGCACUUAAGCAUCCUUUCUUUGCGGCUAAGAUUGUUGGACCCUCAAGAUAGUGCCCUAGGGGUUUACCGCGAGGAUCUCGUUGACGUGGUGCGCGUUAACUUUAUAGGUUGUCUAUAACUCCCGGUCUCUGUCGCCGACUCCCGCGUAUCAUAAGGAUCCCUGAAUCAUCCUAGGGUAUUUUGGACUAUUCCGGUACCGUUGAGUAUGAUAAUGCGAUUUCGUUCCAAGAGGCUUCUCGUUGGCAGUAUCACGCCGGCCACGUUCCUUCAAGCGGACACACGUCGCUAGCAUUACCCUGUUCUAGUUACCUGGCCUUAGCGAUUCGGGAUUUUAGUCUAGAUGGAAACUUGACUACUAUAAUUACCAUGAGGCUAGGCGAUUCAAGCAAGGGGGGGAGAACAUAAGUUCAUAACUAGAAUUUAGGACAAAUGAAUAACCAUUCAAUUGUUGGAUCUUUACUUCUGCAUUUAGUGCUGGCUAAUAAUGUGAACCUUGAUGCAUUUUUCUUUUCAGAAUUGCAAAAGCCAACGCUCCAUCGGCGCCUGGUGACAUAGGGAAGCACGUUGGUGCUGGUCCUUAGCCUAUUCAUGCCAUGUCAAAAAAUCAUAUGUAUUUCAGCAAAUGCUUUGCAUGAAA